AUACCGGCCGCAGCUGUGCGUAAGAGAGGAUUUUCUGAUUCUGUUGUGAGAAGAAAGCUGCGAGGACGAGAUCGAAAAGAUUAUCAAUUCAGCCCGCGAUUAUUUUGUACUAAUUACUGGAGAACCCUACGGUUUACGUGAAGGAUACGCGAGAUUUGAAUCUGGUGGAAGGGAGAUUUGGUUGGGAAGGGAGUUUUUCUUCGCGCAUGUCGUCUGGAAUCGAAAGGAUUGCAAUGAUGGGUCUUCUCGAUAAUACUUCAAACUUGAACAUUAUGCCAAUGGAUUAUCCCAGAAAGAGGAAGUCACGGAGUAGACGUGGUGGACCAGAUGCUGUUGCAGAGACCCUAGCGAAGUGGAAAGAAUACAAUGACAAACUUCAAACGUCUAACGGAGAUUCCAAGCCAGUGCAUAGAGUUCCAGCCAAGGGAUCGAAGAAAGGAUGUAUGAAGGGCAAAGGUGGGCCCCAAAACACACAAUGCAAUUACAGAGGUGUUAGGCAGAGGACAUGGGGAAAAUGGGUUGCCGAAAUUAGGGAGCCAAAUAGGGGCAAUAGGUUGUGGCUUGGUACUUUCCCAACUGCCGGUGAAGCCGCCUUAGCUUAUAAUGAAGCUGCAAAGGCUAUGUAUGGUCCUCUUGCCCGUCUCAAUGUUGUGAACGGUGGGUCCUUGAGCGAAUCUUCAAAGGAAUCUACUUCACAGCCAACUAUAUCUAGUACAGACUCUAUGAAUUCCUCCAGCGGCUCUGAGUAUUGUGGAGCUGAGAAUUUUAAUGGAAAUAUCGAUUCUUCUUCACCAAAGGAGGUGAAGGAGGAACCAGUGGAUUUCGAUGGGAAUGAAAAAAAGCUCAUUAGUGGCAAAUCAGGACAACUUGACUGUAGACCAGAUGUCUUGCAAAAUUUCUCUGGGGAUGAGAUGUUUGAUGUGGAUGAGCUUUUGGGUGUUUUAGACAAGGAGGAUCAUAACAUCGGGCCUGGCCAAAACUUAAGCAGAACAGGGCAAACAGAUGAUUAUGAUAAUUUGCAAGGCGAAAUGCCUUUGGAUUUGUCGUACCAAUUGCAGAACCCUGAUGCAAAGCUGCUUGGGAGUUUGCAACACAUGGAGCAGGCACCUCCAGGGGUGGAUUAUGGUUUAGAUUUCUUGAGGCCAGAGGGAGAAGAAUUCUUCAAUUUUGCUUUGGAGGAUCUUGGGUUUCUUGAUUUGGACUUUUGAUUCUGUUCUUUAGAGGGUUCUGCCGGUGUUCAGUUGAAAUGAAGAAGAUACACUGCGGUUGGAUUGGCUUCUGCCUUUUUCUUUUGACAGUCUGUUUUGGGAUAAGAGAGUGUGUUGGAUUUGGUGUGCAGGACUUAAAAUUCUUUUGUACUGAUUCUCUCUUUAGUGGAAGAAGAUGAUAGGAAUGGCGAGCUGAUUCUCUUUAGGCUUUUAGAUUGGGGAAUUGAGCUUUGAUUCUUGUUCUUUUGCCAAUCCACCUUGGUGGAGUUCAUGGUUUACACUGACAAAGGUUCUAUAUGAUUCUUUCAUUCAUGUAAAUAUAAGAGGUGAAAACAGGGUGAAACUGUAGCAAAAUUUUUGAAGUACAAAAGAAAUGUUGAUGAAUAAAAUGUGCUCUCGGAUCAUGCUGGCUCCAUAUGCUCUCCUCUUUGGCCCCAUUGUGUUCUCUAUCAGUCUCCAGUCGUCUCUCUCAUUAUGCUUCUGCUUGAAAAGUUCCAAGUUGCUAGUUGCUCUUUACUGCCAAAAAAGGGAGUCUCCUACUGUCUGGAGGGAAUCAUUUUUCAAAACAUGACUGUAAAACAUAGCUCCAGGUACGAUUGUGUCCGGUGUUGUUCGAUUUAUGUGAGUUAAAGUUAAUUCAACGGCUU